AAAAUCUACACGUCAAAUCUCGGCUCCGGGAAAAGGAAUCAAGCUAGCAAGCACUUUCUUUGUUUGUGUCCCAUCUCUUUUGCAUUGCAUAUAUAUACCUACCUAUCCUUCUACUUAGAGUAAGUACUCGGGUAUACAGUCCACGGACGCACACACACACACACCCAACCAACGUCACCCACACGACACCGGCCACGGCCAGCCAAGAAAGAGCAGAUUGUCCUCAGCUACCGCCUGCAUUGUCACCGUAAUAUAACUACCUACUUACACAUGUGCAUGUAGCGAGCGAGCGAGCGAGGAAGUACUUCUGUACACUGGUUCCCACCCACUUGGUUAUCUUUAUAAUACAUACAAUCUCUUUGGGGGCGGACUACCUAGCUAUCCACUUUCUUAUCCCACGACCUUUCCGUCCAAGAGGAGAAGAAGAAGAAGGGAAAAUUGAACAAGAGAGAGAGAGAGAGAGAGUAGUGAAGAAAGAAAAAAAAAGAAGAAUGCAGUCCAGGAGUUUACUCGCCCUGCUCUCGGCUCUGGCCCUGUCGUCUGCCUCUCCUAUACGACGUAGGUGCGGCAACAAUACCUCACCGGCUCCCACUAAUAGCACGGCUCCGGUCUCUCCAGCUGCCAGCAGCGAUGCUCCUGCCACUCCCGCGCUACCCAGCACCGGCUCCGGCACACAACUCGACGGCCCCGGCACCGCCACCCUAAAGCACAUCCUCAUCGGCCACGGGAUCCAGAACUACACCUGCUCCUCCACCUCUUCCGCCGCAACCUCCAUCGGCGCGCUGGCCGUGACCUGGGACAUCACCUCUCUCUACCCCAACACCUCGCCCUCCUCCCUCUCCGCCGCCGACUUCAGCGCCCUGUCCUCCAAGGUCCUGCGCACCACGCCUUCACCCUUUGACACUCCCCCCUCCCCCCCCUCCUCCUCCUCCCCCUUCCCACCCCCCGCAGACCUGACCCUCGACGGCACCCCGGAGCCGCUAAAGUUCAUGGGCCACCACUUCUUCGACGCCGCCGGCGUCCCGACCUUCGACCUCACCGCCGCCCCCUUGCUGUUCAGAGGGCACAAGGACGCCGGCAUCCCGGCCCCCGCCGACGCCGACGCCGGCAUCGAGGACCCCCCGACGGGCGCGGUGGAUUGGCUGAGGCUUAGCGAUGUGGGGGGGAGCGUGGGGGGCGCGAGUCUGGUGUAUAGGGUGUACACGGCGGGCGGGCAGCCGGAGGCUUGUGGUGAGGGGGAGGGGGAGGGGGAAGGGGGGAAGGUGAUGAGUGUGCCGUAUGCGGCGCAGUAUUGGGUUUAUGGGAACUGAGGGAAAAGGGGGAUCGGCUGGGUUUAAUCGGGGGAGUGGGUUAGGGGGAGGGGUUUACGUAUCUACGUAGGUUAUCCAGGUACUCGUGAGAGCUCACCUUAUGAUCAUGGUCAUGGUUUUUUGGUAUGGCUGGAUUGGGAGGGGGGGACAUAAUGGAAGGGUUCGAUUGUGCGGACC